AUGUACGAAGCUUCAAAGUACAGCGAAUCUCAGCUUGCGAGGAUGCAAAUUUUAGUUCUUGGAUUGCCCCGGACGGGUACACAAUCCCUCGCUGAUGCACUGGCAAUACUUGGCAUCUCUCCGAUCUACCACACGCGAGAAGUAGGCAAAAAAAACCAUGCGGAUCUCUGGACAGCCCUUAUGUAUGAAAAGUUCGAUAAAGGUGGUUCCUCAAAGCCUUUGGGAGAUCUUGUCACAAUUCUGUCGAAUUACGAAGGCGUCUCGGAUUACCCUGCCGCCAUAUUCGUCGAUGAAUUGCUCGCAGCCUAUCCUGAAGCAGCCGUCAUUUUGACAGCGCGGUCUGAAGAUUCAUGGGCAAAGAGCAUGAAGCAAACCAUCGUGCACUAUCUUGAACAUCGAGUGAUUGACGAAACAACUCCCAUGGCGGUCAUGUCUAGAACCUACAGCAAGUUCUGUUGGGACGACGACUUUGAGAAGAAUGGUCUGGCUCUUUUUCGACGACAUAAUGAGCAAGUUAAAUUGACAGCCAAAGAGAGGAAGUUCCUAGAGUACACAGUAGGUGAUGGUUGGGAGCCAUUAUGUGCUUUCCUAGAGACACCUGUCCCUGAGAAUAUACCUUUUCCGAGAAAGGAUGACUGGUUAGGGUACAAGAAACAGAUACACAAGUAA